UCGUGAUUAAUAUCAAUGCAAUGAGAAAUGAACGAUUAUAUAAAUGUCUUUCAAUUAGGUCCCAAGACAACAAAGAUAGUGGUCAGAAAAAUCAUGGAAUAAGGUUCUUUUUUACUUUACCACACUUAUGGAUCUAUUCCGGUGCCCAAUGUAAGGUGUUUAUAGUUCUAUAGUGCAAAGGAAUUAAAUAUUUCGUCUUAGCAUAAUAAUAAAAAGUGGGGUUGCAAAACAAAGUACUCAAUGAAGAAUACAGGAUGAAAGCUAUUAAGCGAGUGAAUUUACAUGUUGCCAUGGAGAUUGGAUGCGAGUUUAGUGUUGUUCUCUCAUUAAAUCUAUCCAAGAUUCUAUGCUUCGCUUGGAAAGCACCCAUCCCACCCCCACCCAUUCUCCAUUUGCUUAUAAGGCGGGGAUGAGGGCAGACCUCAGAUAGGAUAAUAUCAUAUUAAGAUAUAGAAUCAAAGACGCAUAUUUGAGAAUACAGGAGAAUCAAGUUUCAUAACUGGAAGGGUGAGAAGGUCAAGAUCAAGAUCAAAACUAAAGAAACAUAUAUAGUAUCCAGAUGUAUAAUCAUCAUCAUCAUCAUCAAAGAAAGAACAUCCAUUCUACAUCAAGAAUGUCAAUUACACCAGAUAGACAUUUGUUUCUGCAAGGUGAGGGCGAUUCGGGGCUUGUUUUAUCAACAGAUGCUAAACCUAGACUCAAAUGGACACCAGACCUCCAUGAACGCUUCAUAGAAGCUGUCAACCAGCUUGGAGGAGCAGAUAAGGCUACUCCAAAAUCAGUUUUGAAGCUAAUGGGAAUUCAAGGGCUUACUUUAUACCACUUAAAGAGUCAUCUCCAGAAGUACAGGCUCAGUAAAAAUCAAUAUCGGCAAACUAAUAACAGUGGUGGCACAAAUAAAGUUGAUAUUGUCACACCAGUAGGAGAUGCCAUUGGUGAAACAAAUGGACCCCACAUGAGCAGUUCAAGUGUUUGCCCUCAAACAUACAAAAACUUGCAGAUAAGUGAAGCAAUACAGAUGCAAAUUGAAGUUCAAAAAAGGCUACAUGAGCAACUUGAGGUACAGAGACAUCUACAGCUACGAAUAGAAGCACAAGGGAAAUACUUACAAGCAGUUCUUGAAAAAGCACAAGAGACUCUUGGAAGGCAAAAGUUAGGUACAGCAGGACUAGAGGCUACAAAAGUUCAGCUAUCUGAAUUGGUCUCCAAAGUAUCCACUCAGUGCCUAAAUUCUGCAUUUUCGGGAAUUAAAGAUUUGUCAAUGCAUAGACAUCAUCCAACAGAUUAUUCAAUCGACAGUUCCUUGACUUACUAUGAAGGACAACAAAAUGAACAAGAGAUGAUGGGGUUGACCCCUUCAAAGUCAAAAAAGGUUGACAAUGAGCCAGAAAAUGCAUGGUGUGAAGAAACGAAAAGAAACAAAAAGUUUGAUCUGUCGAUGAGUGUUGGAGGAUUCAACAACAAUGAAUGGAACACUAGUAGAAGAUACACCGACGAAAAAUUCAUGGAUGGGGACGAGGAAGCCAUUUUCAUGGAUCAAAUCACAAAAACAAAGACAGAUUCAGUGAGGCUAGAGAACAUGGAGAUGUCUCAAAAGUUUCAGUUGCCUUAUUUUGAACAGAAACUUGACCUUAAUGCCCAUGAUGAGAACGAUGCAGCUUCAAGUCACAAGCAAUUCGAUCUGAAUGGACUUAGUUGGUGAUAACAAGGUUUAAUUUUGAAUGCAGAAUCAUUUUUCUCAUUAAUGCCAGUAUCUUGCUAAUCCUGAGUACCUGAUAAGUGAUAUAAUCAAAACAAAUGGCAAGUAGUAUCUCAAUCGAUGAGUACGCCAAGUAGAGAUGGCAAUGGAGCUGACCCGAAUCCUCAAUCCAAUCCCUGCCUGGGAAUAUAAAAUGCAUCCCCAUCCCCGUAUCCAGUGGGAAACAGGAUCCCAGUGGAUAAUCGGCGAUUUUUCCCCCCAUUAGAUUUUCCAUGGGAACUCAACAACCUGGAAAAAGGAGAGUUGGAAAUGCAUGCAUUUUCCAUCUUGUAAAAAGUACAAGUCUUGUUCUAAAAUAAUUGUUUGUAACGAUGAAAAUACCUAUUAAAUAGAUCAUUUUAGCUUCAAAAUCGAAA